AUGACGCCCAGGCUCAAUGAUUUGCUUCCAUGGCUAAUGAAACAUCUCCCAGGACCUCAUCAGAAGAUACAAGAGUCCAUAGAGAAAGGUUUAUUAAUUAUAAAGGAAGAGGCAGAAAAACACAUUCAAGGUUUGGCCCAGCGUCAGCCAAAGGAUUUCCUAGAUCUGUAUCUACUCGAGAUAGAAAAGAAACACAGUGAACCCAACUCUACCUUUGAUAAUGGAAACAUGACUCAUAGCAUUCUGGAAUUGUUUUUUGCUGGGACAGAAACAACAGCAAGUUUUCUGCAAUGGGCUUUGUUCUUCAUGGUGGCAUAUCCAGAUAUCCAAGAUAAAGUCUACAAAGAAAUGGAAACUGCUUUGGGUUCCUGUGACUCAGUCUGUUACGAAGACCGGUGGAAAUUGCCUUACACUCACGCUGUGCUUCAUGAAAUUCUACGUUUAAAAUACGUCUUAUUGGUUAGUGGUCCCAGGCAAACGGUGACAAAUGUAAACACAUGUGGCUUUUUUAUUCCAAAGGGAACGUUCGUUCUUAUAGAUUUACAUUCAGUUCUUCGGGAUCCCAAGCAAUGGGAGAGGCCUGAGGAAUUCAAUCCAAAUCAUUUUUUGGACAAGGAUGGGAAUUUUAUGAAGAGAGAAGAAUUUCUGCCAUUUGGAGCAGGGGCUCGUUUUUGUGUGUGGGAAGCCUUAGCCAGGAUGGAAUCUUUCCUUUUCUUUACCAAUCUGCUCAGGACCUUCAAAUUGCAGCGGCCAGAAGGCACGAAAGAACCCAGUCAGGAACCGCUAAUAGGACUUAUCUUACAUCCUCACCCCUUUAAACUCUGUGCUGUUCCUCAUUGCCGGCCAUCCUAA